GUCAAAAAAAUAAAGUUCAUCUCGUAGUUUGAGUGUUCUUCUGCAACCUCGAAAGGGGAAGGUGGAGAAAUGGCGGUGAGAGGGAAAGCAAUGGUGACGCUGCCGACGUUGGUGCGAGCUAUGAGGAGGAGAACCUCAAAUCAUAUGCCUUCGAAUCAACCGUUGCCUUCACUGAGACGAGCAUUCUCGCUAUACGAUCAAAUCAAUCUCAUCGAUAACGUCCCUGAAGAUCAAAUACGCUUCAAACAGGUUACCGAUACUGGUUUCGGAGUUAAAGGGGUACAUUAUGAAGGUAGCUUACUUUGUGUUGGGAACUUGCUAAUGUCUUGGCAUCCCAAAAAACUUUCGGAGGUUACUCCAGAAAGCUUAUCUAUCUUCCAGACAGUGCGACCAGUUCCAGAGAUUCUUCUUCUUGGCUGUGGGAAGUACAUUCAACCGGUAAAUCCUGAGCUUCGUGCCUUUAUUCGUUCUACUGGAAUGAAAUUGGAAGCAGUUGAUUCUAGAAAUGCUGCAUCAACUUACAAUAUUCUAAACGAAGAAGGUAGGAUUGUGGCUGCUGCCCUUCUCCCAUAUGGAGUAGAGUCAUAAGCCUCUCAUGUAUAUGCUUUUUCUUUGACGAGUCAAGAUCUGAUUAAUCAUCCAAGCCAAUCACUUAGUCCCGAGUUGGACGUGACUAUGUUUAAGAUUAGAUAAAAAUGAGAUAAGAACAUUACAUGUUAAUGGUGUGUUAGAAGCUUCUGGGUAUUCGUGGACCAUCUUUAGGAGAUUUUGUACUACUAAUAACAUAAACACAGGAAAAAGAACUGUUGUUUCCCCAUUGUAGAAGCUUGAGGUUCAUCUGUUGUGCAAGAAGAAUAUAUGUUUUAUCAGAUUCAGGCAGGGUCGGUGAAAUUGUGAAUAGUGAUUGCAAUUGUUUACUAAAUAUGUCCUGUUUCCUGA